UUGUCUGGUGGAUGAACUUGGCUGAGAAAAUUCCUGAAAGUCAGUACAGCAGUGUGAGUGAGUGUGUUAGCAAAGUUAACUUUUUUGAUUUGAAAGCCACCAGACCUCGAGGGAAGUUCACCUACGAUGCAGUGUACUGCUGCAGUGAGCAUCAGUGUCACCACCGCUAUGCUGAGCUGUAUGUGAUCGAUGGCCAGCCAGCACAAUCCAGUCUCUUGUGGGAAGCACUGUGCAGUUGAGGUAUCAUAGG